CUGCGGGAGCAAUCAGUCUGUUAAUUACCUGCAUCAUCACACUCUAUUUCAGAAGAAAUAUCCGAUACAUUAUUAGUAACUUCACAAAGAGUGAUACUGAUACAGAUAUAGAGGCUUUCAUAAGGAACAAUGGAACUUCAUCUCCCAGAAGAUACAGUUACUCAGAUGUCAGGAAAAUGACCAACUCAUUUGAGGAACAACUAGGAAAAGGGGGUUAUGGAAGUGUGUACAAAGGAAAGCUACUAAAUGGCCAUCUUGUUGCUGUGAAAGUUCUUAAUACCACCAAAGGAGAUGGUCAAGAAUUCAUCAAUGAGGUUGCAAGUAUCAGUCGAACUUCCCACGUUAACAUUGUUACCCUUUUAGGGUUUUGUUUAGAGGGUCGGAAACGAGCUCUCAUUUAUGAGUUCAUGCCUAAUGGAUCAUUAGAAAGAUUCAUUUAUAAAGAGGAUAACACCAUGAAAGACCGUCAGCACUUGUCAUCAGAACAAUUGUUCGAAAUCGCAAUCGGAAUAGCCCGAGGGCUCGAAUACUUGCACCGCGGCUGCAACACCCGGAUUUUGCAUUUCGACAUAAAGCCUCAUAACAUUCUCUUAGAUGAAAAUCUUCGCCCGAAAAUCGCCGAUUUUGGGCUUGCAAAACUAUGCACCACCAAGGAGAGCAUCGUAUCGAUGUUGGAAGCUAGAGGCACAAUUGGUUACAUUGCUCCAGAAGUGUUUUGCCGAAGCGUCGGAGGCGUUUCGCAUAAAUCCGAUGUGUACAGCUACGGAAUGGUGAUUCUGGAGAUGGUUGGAGGAAGAAAGAACGUGGAUGUUGGAGUAAGCCAAACCAGCGAGAUAUAUUUUCCUCAUUGGAUCUAUGGGUAUGUUGUGCAAGACAAUAUGGAACCGCAAUUGCUAGGUCUGGAGACUAAAGAAGAAACUGAGAUUGCGAGGAAGAUGAUCUUAGUAGGAUUGUGGUGCAUACAAACGAAUCCGUUGGAAAGGCCUCCGAUGAGUAGGGUGAUGGAGAUGUUGGAAGGAAGCGUGCAAGUACUGCAAAUUCCACCUAAGCCUUACCUGUCUUCUCCUUCAAGAUCACCGGUGGAUUCUACCUUCUUAACAUUAUCCUCACACAUGCAUCCUAGAAUGAGACCUGAAAUCUCCCCACCAUCUCUCCAGCUUCUCACUUUCAUCGUCUUCUUCACAGUUUUUCCAGCAACUCAUUCCCGCCAUCAACCACCUUCCUACAGUGAUUGCCAGUCUUCCUUUGAAUGUGGAAACUUGAAAGAAAUCAGUUACCCAUUCUGGGGAAACGAACAAUCUCAUUGCGGCCGACAAGGUUUCGAGCUUCAAUGCCAGACAAAGCAAUACCCAGUUAUAAACAUGGAGGGCCAAAGUUUCAUUGUCCUGGAAAUAGAACAAAACAAUCAGUGGAUGAAACUUGCACGAUCAGACAUCUGGAAUGGCAUCUGCCCACUCCUUAACACCGAACUCAAUCAUUCUCCUUUUAGUUUUCACGGAACUGGAACUCGAAACAUCAGCAUGUUCGGUGGUUGUCCGAUGGAAAGCAGUAUUGCAGAAGAUGCACGUAACGUUUCUUGCAAGACGAAGAAUGGGAGUAUUGAUACCAAUUAUCUUGCGUGGGAAUCAUUCACCGAUCCUGAAAACCAAUGUGAUUUACAAAUCACAGUUCCGGUUCUCAUCACGGCUUAUAAUCAAGUGGUUGAUGGAACCUUGACUCCCAAAGAAGCUUUGGAUGAAGGGUUUCUUGCUGAUUAUCACUUUGAUGAAGAAGAGUUUUGUAAAUCCUGCAAAAAAUCGCAUGGAAAAUGUGUACCUGCAGAUAUAAACUCGACUCAGAUCGCGGCUACAAACAAUUUCAGGGGUCUAGAUUUCUGGUUUGACAUAGGAUAUGGCUUUGCGAGUGGAGUUAUAUUUUCUUGUCUCGUCCUUGUUGGAUACAAAACUAUGAUUCUGGUGUCCCGAAUGAUCAAAACGAAGACGAUGAAUGCUCUGAACGUUGAGACUUACAUAAGGAAAUAUGGAUCACUAGCUCCAAAGAGAUACCAAUGUUCAGAUAUCAAGAAAAUAACCAACUCGUUCUUGGAGAAACUAGGUGAAGGCGGGUUCUGCAGUGUCUACAAAGGAAAGCUCGAAGACGGUCGCCUUGUGGCGGUCAAGGUUCUUAAAACCGACGUGAGCAAAGGAAAUGGAGAGGAAUUCCUAAAUGAGGUCAUCAGCAUUAGCAGAACAUCCCAUGUUAAUAUCGUCUCCCUUAUCGGAUAUUGUUACACCACGGACAAGCAAGCUCUGCUCUUUGAGUUUAUGCCAAAUGGUUCCCUAGAAAAGUUCAUACACAAUGAAAGCAUUUCAACUGCAGGGCGCCUUGCGUGGGACAAAUUGCUUGGAAUCGCAAUAGGAAUAGCUCGAGGUCUCGAGUAUCUCCACCGAGGCUGCAGCACAAGGAUUUUGCAUCUCGACAUAAAACCUCACAAUGUACUUUUAGAUGAAAAUUUUUGCCCCAAGAUCUCUGAUUUCGGGCUUUCAAAGCUGUGUCCAAAAGGGAGCGUUAUAUCUAUGUCGGGUGCUCGAGGGACGUUCAGAUAUAUUGCCCCAGAACUGUUUAGUAGGGAAUUCGGGAGAGUUUCGCACAAGGCAGAUGUGUAUAGUUUCGGAAUGAUGGUUCUAGAGAUCGUGGGAGGAAGAAAGAAUAUCAAUGAAUCUGCAGACGAUAGUAGUGAGAUAUAUUAUCCACAUUGGGUAUACGACCGUCUCCGGAAAGACAACAGCCUAGGAUUGCAUGGUGUAAUUACGAGUCGAGAUAACGAAAUCUCGAAGAAGAUGAUAAUAAUAGGGCUGUGGUGCAUACAAACCUACCCGGUACACAGGCCAUCAAUGAAUGAAGUCUUGUUUAUGCUGGAAGGCAGUUUAGAUGCCCUCAAAAUCCCACCAAAGCCUUUCAUAUAUACCCCUUCAAGAACUCCUUUAGACCUUUAGACAACUC